UCCCCCUAUCUGAAAUCUUGAAAUGGCGGAUCCAAUUAGCAUUAGUGCUGCUGUAGGAUGGGGCGUGACCGCAGUAGGUUGGCUCGCCUCACCCAUCAUUUCUAGGGUCCUCAACAAAGGUUUCGCCCUCCUCGAGUUCAACGCACGAGAGAAGCUGAAGAUACUUGAUAUACAAGUUUUACAGCUACAGCGGGUGAUGGAGGUAGUUGAUGAGAGCACUUACAGGGUUCGCUUGGAGCCACUGCUAGAAAAGCUCAAAUCUGCUUUCUAUGAAGCCGAAGACAUCUUAGAUCGUGUUGAGUACCAGAGUCUCAAGAAGCAGAUCCAGGAUGCCAAGUCGAGCGGGAGCAAGAUGGAUUUGCUGACGAAGAAUCUUCGGUCUGCCAUGCCAAGCUCCCCCCUAAAAGAUGAGGUUCAUGUGUUCUCCUUUGUUGCAAGUAUUCCCAUCUUUUUGUUCCAUGUAGAUAUAUGUUAACGAGAAAAACUAGGGAACUGUAGGUACCAAGAAGAAUGCAUUCUCACCUAUUUUCCACA